AUGCCAGUGCGUGCCGUGACCACCAGGUUCAUGUACAAGGGACUUUGCACUAUUCCAGAUGUCCUCUCCUACCGGACCCCCGUUAUCCUGCCCGAGGAUGAGGUGGAAGAGAUCCGUGAGGCGUUCAAAGUAUUUGACCGAGAUGGGAAUGGCUUCAUCUCAAAGCAGGAGUUGGGGAUGGCCAUGCGCUCGCUGGGCUACAUGCCCAAUGAGGUGGAGCUGGAGGUUAUCAUCCAAAGACUUGACAUAGAUGGUGACGGUCAAGUCGGCUUUGAAGAAUUUGUCACAUUGCUUGGUCCUAAACUCGCCUCUGCUGGAAUGCCUGAUAAGUUUCACGGAGCAGACUUUGAUUCAGUGUUUUGGAAGUGCGACAUGCAGAAACUGACUGUGGAUGAGCUGAAGAGGCUGCUUUACGAUACCUUCCGCGACCACCUCACCAUGAAAGACAUUGAAAACAUCAUCAUGACUGAGGAGAGUCACCUGAACAGUCCAGAGUCCCAUGUGGACAUUGACACAAGCCCAACACAACAGGAAAAACACACAUGCGUGCGUAAAAGCCUGAUUUGUGCCUUCGCCAUUGCAUUCAUCAUCAGCGUUAUGCUCAUUGCAGCGAAUCAAAUGCUCCGCAGAGGAAUGAAGUAA